UUUGGUGAUGUAUCUUGAGCACAGUUUCAACAUUCGUCGUGUGAAGGUAGCGCUACGUUUCCCUCUUAAAGUGAGUCCGUAGCCAAGGGCGUGGGCUGAGACGAACAGAGUGCCCUUGUACCCGCUCCAGCCUCCUUGUUUUUACCGGGCCGACCGGCGACCCGCACGGGCUCGGCAUCAUGAGUGACAUGAGUCGACUAACGGGAAAGAUUGGAGACGCAACUUUGAUAGAGAUGAGCCCGGAUUCCCUCUGUGAUGAGGACAACAACGGCUGCCACCAUCAUCACCAUGACAUCGACCUUGACGAGUAUCCACACUCCCAGCCUGACCCUUCAGAGGUUGACAAGCAUCAGCAGAGUAAGGACUCUGUGUUCUUCCGGGAUGGAAAGAGGAGGAUUGACUUCGUCCUGUCCUAUGUGGAUGACCGAGACGGAGAGAGGAAACAGGAGAGGCGGAGGGAGUACGAGGCUAACCUACAGAAAGCAGGGCUGGAGCUGGAGACAGAGGAUAAAUCGGUGUCAGAUGACAGGAAGACGUACUUUGUGAAGAUCCACGCUCCAUGGGAGGUUCUGGCCACUUACGCCGAUGUCCUCAAGAUCAAGGUUCCCUUCAAGGAAAACGACAUCCCCGUUCACCAGGACAUUCCCAUGGACUGGUUGUUCACUCCUUUCCGUCUACCGGACCACAUUAUGAAUCCUGAACCUGACUAUUUCACCUCACCUUUCAACAAGGGAAAGAUUGACUUCUUCCUCAUCGAUGACAAGGAGACAUUCUUCCCACCUUCCGUCCGCAACAGGAUAGUGUACUACAUCUUAGCCCGUUGUCCCUACCACAAGACGGACAGAGAGGACAAGAAGGGCAUCAAGCGCCUGCUCAACAACGGCACCUACGGGUCUGCCUUCCCACUACAUGAUUCUCGAUACUGGAAACCAUCCAGGGAUUCCAAGAGUGAGAGUGAGAGAUUCAACCUCUACAAACACUGGGCCCAGUUUUUCAGUUUCUUCAAAGAGCAGCCCCUCAACUUGAUACGGAAGUAUUACGGGGAGAAGAUUGGGAUCUACUUUGCCUGGCUGGGUUUCUACACUGAGAUGCUGUUCUUCGCUGCGGUAGUCGGCCUGAUCUGUUUUCUCUAUGGAUUGUUCACCUUCGAUGACAACGUCUGGAGUAAAGAAAUCUGUAGUGAGGAGAUUGGAGGCAACAUCAUCAUGUGUCCACUGUGUGAUAAGAAAUGUGGCUACUGGAAACUCAACUCAACGUGUAACUCCUCUUGGCAAUCACAUAUGUUUGACAACGUGGGGACGGUGUUCUUUGCCAUAUUCAUGGGGAUUUGGGUGACUCUGUUCCUGGAGUUCUGGAAGCGUCGACAGGCCCGGCUGGAGUUCGAGUGGGACCUGGUGGACUUUGAGGAAGAGCAGCAACAGCUUCAGCUUCGACCAGAAUACGAGACCAAGUGUACCUCCCGCAGACUAAACCGCGUCACACAGGAAAUGGAGUUGGUCCUUGACAGGACAGCAGCUGAACAAGUGGGCAAAAUGCUCCUGUGUUGGGCCACCGUGGUGCUGUGGAUCUCCCUGAUCAUAGCGUGUAUCAUCGGGGUGAUAGCCUACCGUUUGGCGGUGUACGCUGCAUUCGCUAGCAUCAUGAAGGACAGCCCCACCAAUAACAUCCACAUGGUGGGCUCCCUCAUCACCCCACAGCUCGCCACCUCCGUCACCGCCUCCUGCAUCAACUUCGUCAUCAUCAUGAUCCUCAAUCUGAUGUAUGAGAGAGUGGCCAUCUGGAUCACUGACAUGGAGAUCCCCAAAACACACCUGGAGUACGAGAACAAGCUGACUGUGAAGAUGUUUCUGUUCCAGUUCGUCAACUACUACUCUUCCUGUUUCUACGUGGCCUUCUUCAAGGGGAAGUUCGUCGGCCAUCCCGGAGACUACAUCUACAUGUUCGGCUGGAGCAAGCUGAGGAACGAGGAGUGUGACCCAGGUGGCUGCCUGAUUGAGCUGACCACUCAGCUGGUCAUAGUGAUGUCAGGGAAACAGGUGUGGGGUAACGUCCAGGAGGCUCUGGUUCCGUGGGUAAUGAACCGAUGGGGGAGCCGUAAAGCCCGCAGCCACCCAGAGAGUCGCUACAGUCGCUGGGAGCAGGACCACGACCUGCAGAACUUUGGACAUCUGGGACUCUUCUAUGAGUACCUGGAGAUGGUGAUCCAGUUUGGUUUCAUCACUCUGUUCGUGGCCUCCUUCCCUCUGGCCCCCCUGCUGGCGCUGUUGAACAACAUCAUAGAAGUCAGAGUGGACGCCUGGAAGUUCACCACCCAGUUCCGCCGGCCCGUAGCAUCUAAGGCCCACAGCAUCGGUGCCUGGCAGGAAAUACUCAACGGGGUGGCCGUCCUGUCUGUCGUCACCAACGCGUUCAUCGUAGCCUUCACAUCAGACAUGAUUCCCCGGCUGGUGUACAUGUAUGCCUACAGCAACGAUCUCUCUAUGAAGGGCUACAUCAACAAUAGCCUGUCAGUGUUCAACAUCUCUGGGUUCUCUGAGGACAACCGGCCUGAUGACGGAGAGAACCCUGGAUGGUUCAACAGCUCAGUCAUCACUACCUGCAGGUACCGUGACUACCGCUACCCAUCGGGCCAUGAGAAGGAGUACUCUCACACCAUGCAGUUCUGGCACAUCCUGGCUGCCAAACUGGCCUUCAUCAUUAUCAUGGAGCAUGUGGCGUUUAUGGUGAAGUUCUUCGUGGCGUGGAUGAUUCCUGACGUUCCCUCCGAGGUGAAGGCCAGGAUUAAACGAGAACGCUACCUCAUCCAGGAGUACCUCCACAACUACGAGGUGGAGAAGCUGAAGAUCCAGCUGAGCCAGAGGAGCGACGACUGCUGCUGCACCCCUAUGAUCUACCCCGACAUAUCCCGGCACGUGGUGCUGUCCGAGUGUCUCUAGCACCCGUCCGAGCCCUCCGCCCACUCAUUUGAUUUUGGCUCGUGUUCAUUAGGUCACACCACGGAAAACGUUUUAAAAUGUUUUUCAACAGGAAAUUUAAAUUAGUUUUUUUUUUUUUUUUUUCAUUGGACAAAUCCAGGUAGUUACUCCCUGUUUGAAUCUGUUUUGUUCCGUUUGGUGCCUGAUGAACAGGACCCUGGUUCAGGUUGGGCUGGGGCCUGGGCUGGUCUUAAGGAGAUUCUCUAUAAAACUACCCUGAGAGGUGGGCGAUCUGUAAUACAAAGGGCUCAGUCUGCUGGUGGAGUGGAGAGCAAUCCUCACCUAAUACAAUCCAUCAUCAUCAUCAUCAUCAUCAAAUACAUGAAGAUACUACAUUCAAGUAUGUCUUUAGGUCCUUCCAUGGUCUAUAGAUUUCAGAUCUUCUCUUCAAUCAACCACCCGCCAACCACUACAUCUACUCUAACAGCAUGGGGGAAGCAGGGAAACAUGGCUGCUGCUAGUUAUUAUACUCUUACCGUACGUUCAUUUUAUAUUUUAAAUGUCUCUCUCUUUCUCUUUCUCUCUCUCUGUUCACUGUCUAUUUUAGUGAUUUUACUCUGAAGAAGUAGUUAUACUCUGCUAGUCAUUGUGUUAAUGACUAGCGCUUAGCCCACUACACACUGUGUUAAUGACUAGCGCUUAGCCCGCUACACACUGUGUUAAUGACUAGCGCUUAGCCCGCUACACACUGUGGUAAUGACUAGCGCUUAGCCCGCUACACACUGUGUUAAUGACUAGCGCUUAGCCCACUACACACUGUGUUAAUGACUAGCGCUUAGCCCACUACACACUGUGUUAAUGACUAGCGCUUAGCCCACUACACACUACCCUGUUCAUGUUGAUAAGUAAUGUUAUGUUGAUAAGUGCCACUAUUAUAAGCAACCAAAGACAAAAAUGCCUUAAUAUUUUACAAAUUAAUUGUUAACUGAGUAAAGAGGCUAUAGUUUGUUAAAUGUCCCUUUGCGAGAAGAGAUUGCAGUUAUACUGCGCUCUGACUGCAAUCCCUUUUAUUUGUGUAAAGGUUGUCUUUUUUUAGUAGUUUUUUUUAUUUAUUUUUUAAUCUUUUGUGUUCUUAUAUGUUAAAUCUUUCUUUAAAAAAUGUUCAUAAUUCAACAAAUAUGCAAUAAAGCCUAUAUCAAGGAUCGAG